AUGGAAAUCCGUUCGAAGAAUGAGGGCACUCCGAUCGUCCCAAGACUCAUUCAUUUCAACAUCUUUCCUGAGGACAAGCAAAAUCAAGGUCCCUGUGUCGACGAAACAUCUGUGACUUUGUCCUCCAUCUCAGCUAGCCUGCAUAUCGUGUUGUUUCCGGAACAGGCAUUCGGCUUUGCGAAGCAGUUUUGGCAGCACACCGGUCUUGGAAUUUCCAGCCGACUUGCGGAGCAUUGUUUGUCCCUAUUGCCAGUGGAGACGACAUUUGUCCCCAAUGGAUUGCAACAUACCCCGCGGAGAGCGUACAACAAGCAUUACUCCGCCAAGGCAAAGCCUUCUUCUCCUACGGAAAGCGUGGGGCGUAACAUUGACGACCUCAGUCUCGAUCACUCGAUGUACGUCGAAGAACGCUACGGCCGCAAUCUUCCGCUCUCGGCGGCCGCAACUGCGAAGCGCGCAUUGCGCAUGAGGAUUGCUGGUGUUCUUGUGCGCGACGCGCCUUUAGAAUCAUCUGACGCGCUGGACAACGGGGACAAGAACGCGGAUGUGGCGGCUGUUGGGCGUGGAGUAGAUGGAUUGUCGGAGGACGAUGUGUUUCUGUAUCCCACUGGGAUGGCCGCCAUCUGGAAUUCUCACCAGCUCUGCCUAGCUGUGAGACCAGCCAAAAAGAGCGUCUGCCUAGGGUUUACCUACACGGACACUCUGAAAUUGCUGGAAAAGUGGGGACCAGGAUGCCAUUUCAUCGGGGAUGGGAAUUUGGACAGUCUCGAGCAGAUUCUGGAGCAACAAUCCGCAUCCGAUCCCGUCAACCCUCCCAUUCUGGCUGUCUUCCUCGAAAUUCCUUCCAAUCCUCUGCUCCGAACAGCUGAUCUCCCGCGACUCCGCAGUCUCGCAGACAAAUACAAGUUCCUAGUCGUCAUUGACGAGACCGUCGGCAACUUUUUGAAUGUCGCGGUCAUCCAAUAUGCAGAUAUCGUCGUCAGCAGCCUCCCACCAAAGUGUUCAGUGGCUACUCCAACGUCAUGGGCGGAAGCUAGCUACGAGGACACCUACUUUGACGAGGACGCCAUCUACAUGGAGCGAAACUCCCGUGACUUUCGGCGACGCGUCAAAGUGAUCGACAAAACGCAAGAGCCGUUUGCGAGUACCUACGGUCCAAAAUCUAUUGCAGGUGGCAGCUCUUCGCCGAUCGUCAAAGAGGUGUUCUAUCCUCGUUAUGUCACGACGGAAAACUACGAACGCUGCCGAAUUCCGGGUGACCCAGCCCAGGGCAUCGAGGAGGGGGGUUACGGCGGUCUUUUCUCUGUGACGUUCGCCUCCAUGGCGCUCGCAUCCAUUUUCUUCGACAAUCUGUCCUGCAACAAGGGCCCCAGUCUUGGCACCAACUUCACACUC